AUGGUUCAAGUUGCAGGAGAAAAGCCUCAUGCAAUGCUUGUGCCUUUUCCACUGCAAGGCCAUAUCAGUCCCAUGAUGCAGCUGGCGCAGAAGCUCGUUUCUCAUGGAUUUAUCGUUACAUUCGUCAACAAUGAGUCCAAUCAUUAUCUCAUAAUGGAAGCGCAGAAGAAGAUGGAAUUGACAAAUGCAAAUCCAGAAGAAAUCAGAAUGGUAUCACUACCGAACAACCUCCCGCAAGAGGUGCCGCAGGACGACGUUCUGAAACUGUUGGACUCGUCGAUUCAAACGCUCGCAUGCUCUCUGCAAAAACUUAUUCAAGAUAUCAACGAGAAAGAAGCGCGUAAGGUCACUUGUUUAAUUUUCGACCUGGCUUUUUUUUUCAUCAAGGAGGUAGCCAAGCAUUUCGAUAUUCCAUACGCUAUUUUUUCGCCGGUCUCUGUUGCGACCGCUGCCACCUGCCACAUGCUUUCAACAUUGAUCUCUUCAGGGAUCCUUUCUCUCAACGGUACAUCCUCUUCUCAACUUGUACGCUUCAAGCUUUACUUUUCACAGAUUCUCGAUCUGCAACUAAUUAGUGAGGUAAUUUGUGGUGGCAGGCACUACACAGAGAAACAAGUUCGGGAGGAUAUCAUUAUUUUUAACUAUUCCUACGAUCUGGAAGCUGCUGUUAUCAAGGAAUAUCUGGAGAAAGGAGUAGCUGUGUGUCCAAUAGGUCCUCUCAUUUGUCCACAAACGAGAGCCGCGUCCACCGUCUGUCCUCUACGUGUCAUUUGGGAGCACGGAAAUCUUAAACGAAAUGCAAUUGAUAGAGCUGUGCGCUCUGAUAUUAAGGCUGUCAUGUUUCCUCCGGGAUUCGUAGAGCGCGUGGGGGAUCGCGGAAGUCUCGUUUCGUGGGCUCCACAGCUUUCGGUUUUAUCGCAUCCUUCGAUUGUCUGUUUUAUUACUCAUUGUGGAUGGAUUUCAACAGUGGAGAGCAUUAGCAUGGGCGUGCCCAUGCUUUGUUGGCCUCACUUGAUGCACCAGUUCCUGAACUGCUCAUACAUUGUUAAUCACUGGAAAAUUGGGUUUGGAUUGGCGAGGAAUGCUCAAGGUAUAGUUGAAAAGGAGGUGCUUCAGAAGGCAGUGGAGAAACUCUUGAUUGAGAACGAGUGCGUUGAAAUGAAGAAAAAAGUAUUAAUGCUGAAGAACAACGUCAGGGUUUCUGUAAGAGAAAAGGGCUCUUCCUGCAUUAACUAUAACCGAUUUCUAGAGGCUAUGAAAAGCAAUCUUGAAUACAGAGAAAUUGUUAGAAGGUUCUGUGGAUAA